AUGAAGACACUUCUGGUUGGGCUCCUGCUUGGCCUGGCAUCCGUGGAGUUGGCCCAGUCCUUACGAUGUUAUACGUGCAGGAACCAAAAGGAUAUUGCUGAAUGCAGAACAAUCACCAUAUGCCCCCCGUCAGCCAGGGUGUGCACAACAACGAUGCACUCUGUAGACUCAGGUUACCCCUUUUUCCUCAAUGUGACCGUGACGAGGGGCUGUGCGGACGAGUGCAUCCACUCUAAUGCAAUAGGGGCGACCAGACACACAUCAUGCUGCUACACCGACCUCUGCACCGAUGAAGUCAGGAGCACCAACGGGGUGGGAAGAGGCUCUGCAGCGCUGGGUCUGAUGGCCAUGGUUGUCAGCACGCUCCUCCAGUGUGCUCUGUAA